AGGUUUUUCCCCGUUGCACUUUUAUUUCUUCUUCGUGCGAAAUGUUGACUUGGUUGGUUUUCGGCGUGCUGAUUGCCAGUGUGACAGGGGACGAAAACAAGGAUUUCUACAGCUUCACUGUAAAAGAUGCUCAAGAUCAAGAUUUCGCAUUGGAGCAGUUCAGAGGCAAAGUUACGUUAGUCGUUAACGUAGCAAGUUACUGCGGGUUCACGGAAAAGCACUACGAAGCCUUGACGAAACUGGACGGGAUUUUAGGACACGACGGGUACUUUCGGGUCCUUGCGUUUCCAUGCAACCAGUUCGGUGAACAGGAACCCGGAAGCAUGCAGGAAAUUGUAAACUUUGUCGUCAACACUUUCCAUGCCGAGUUCCCUAUUUUCAAGAAAAUCGACGUGGUUGGGGAGAACGCCGAUAAGGCUUUCAAAAAUUUGUAU